AUGGGUAUAGGGGCCGUGCUUGAACCUUUCACGGUCAUUGUCCUUCUAUUUGGAGGCACGUGGAUUAACCGUGAGAUCAACGUCCCACAACACUCCCCCGGAUCUUCACAGUCUCGCUCGCGAACUGGUGAGUCUGUAUUUUCGACGCCUCGAAACGAUGAAGACGUCGAUCUAGAGAGCUCCACGGAUGAUAAGGAGGCUUUUUUAACCACCAGGCCACUUUCGCCUUCCCUACUGGUCCAAGACGAGAAGCCAUGGAGAGAAAGGACGAUUGGAAGCGGGCAAUAUAAGCAGCAAGUUUCCUCACCCAAUACGGCCGUAUUUCGUUUUCGGAUGUUGAGCCGACUUCUCCGUAAAUUUCCAUUCUUGGUGGAAUGCUGGUACUGGGCAUUAGUAUACUGGACAUACCAGCUCGGCCGUGCUUUCACCGCUGUCACUUUGAAGGAAAACACCGUCGAUGUCGCCCGAGAACACGCGUUGCAGGUUAUCCGAAUCGAGCAGUCUCUUGGUAUUUUCGUCGAAGUUGAUAUCCAGCGCUUCUUUUUAAGCCACCCGUUGUUGAUGUCCUGGACAAACUGGAUCUAUUCAUUUAUCCAUAUCCCCGGUACCAUCGCCUUCUUGGUAUGGCUUUACUACUAUACCACAACCAAGACCUCAUUGGACAACCCAAAACACAGUCCUCUGAGCCACGAAAUCGACGGGUCGCCAUCGGGACCGCCGUUGUACGCUGCUCGUAGACGGACUCUGGCCGUCUGCAACCUCCUCGCUUUUAUUGUGUUCACUCUCUGGCCGUGCAUGCCCCCUCGAUUGUUGAGUGAUAAAGACGUCCCCGGAGAAAUUGGCGACCUUGCUCGUAGCUAUGCAUUCGAAGACACUGUGCACGGAAAGAAUGGUGCUGGAAGUGUUUGGACUGAAAAUAAAUUUUGCAAUCAAUAUGCCGCAAUGCCAUCAUUGCACUUUGGUUACUCUUUGAUGAUCGGUCUGACUAUCAUGACAAUACCUUUGCCACCUAAGUAUCGCCAACCAAAAACGCUUCACGCUACCCUCCCUAGAAACAUCAAUUUUCGACUCUCACUCCCAUCAUGGAGUCGUGUGUUCUGUCUAGUGAUUGGCUUUGCAUACCCACUCACCAUCCUGGCUGCCAUAAUCGCCACGGCCAACCACUUCGUUUUGGAUGCAGUCGCCGGUGCAGUUGUCUGCGUACUCGGAUGGCGGGCAAACUCGAUUCUAUUGAACUUGCUUCCUUUUGAAGACCAUUUUAUGUGGGCUCUGCGCCUACACAAACCAGAGAGACAUGUUGUCAACAUGUACGACUCACCUGAUGGGCAAAGUGACGAAAAGAUAGCGGCGCAUGCCACGUUUGUUAAUUAA